AUAGUUAAACAUAGCAAAUAAAUAAAAUACCCAAUAAAAGUAGCUAUACUUCCUCAAAAGCUAAAGUGAACAGGUGCGUCUUCAGAAGUGUUUUAAAAGUGGAAAGGGUGUAAGCAGUGCGCACUGUCAGGGGUAAAGCGUUCCACAAAGAGGGAGCCAUGACAGAAAAUGCUCUAUCACCUCUAGAUUUUAAAAAGGAUCGAGGAACGUCUAAAACCACCUGAUUAGCUGACAUGAGGGCUCUGGAGGGCUGGCGCAGUUUAACAAGGUCAGACAGAUAUUCCGGGGCCAGCCCAUUCAGAGACUUAAAAACAAAUGAAAGAAUCUUAAAAUCCAUCCUGUACCUAACAGGGAGCCAGUGAAGAGAGGAAAGCACCGGGGUUAUGUGCUCCUGUUUCUUGGAGAUGAGCUGCAGUAUUCUGAAUGAGCUGCAAGCGGUUGACCUCUGACUUGCCAAUACCAACAUACAGGGAAUUACAGUAAUCUAAACAAGAUGUGAUAAAAGCAUGGAUAACUUUUUCAAGGUCCUUCUGGUUAAAAUAGGAUUUUACUUUGGCGAGAAGCCUUAGCUGAUAACAGCUAGAUUUGACCACUGCGCUGACCUGUCAUCGAUAAUAAAACCAAGAUUCUGGGCAGGGGACCCUAUGUAAGGUGCCAGUGAGCCAAGGGAGCUGGCAAGGACCUGAACCAGGUCAGGGCGACCGAACAGGAUGACCUCUGUUUUGUUUUCAUUUAAUUUAAAAAAAUUAAGAUCCAUCCAUGUCUUCACAUCAUUCAUGCAAUUAAGCAUGACCUGCAGAGAAUUUUUGGUCGGGACCUUAACAGGCAAAUACACCUGCACAUCAUCAGCAAAACAGUGAAAAGAAACACCAUGCUUUCUAAAAAUUGACCCCAAGGGUAGCAUACAGAGGGAGAAUAGUAGGGGACCCAGAACUGACCCUUGGGGGAUCCCACACGUCACAGGGGUAACUGUGGAAGAAAACUGGCCCAUGUGCACAGAGAAAGAUCUCUCAGAGAGGUAUGAUCUGAACCAGCUUAAAGCAGUGCCUUUGAUGCCUACACAGCGUUCAAGGGGUGAUAGGAGGAUUGAGUGAUCCACUGUGUCAAACGCCGCUGUCAAGUCAAGGAGGAUUAAAAAGGCACAGUUACCAGAAUCAAGGUUUGACAAAAGAUCAUUAAAAACUUUUAAAAGAGCCGUGGUGGGGAAUGACUUACUUUACAAGAACUAUUUAACAGAUUAUUUUUUGACAUUUAAAUACUUUUUAUAUUUAAAUAUCAAAUUUCCCAUUGGGGAUCAAUGAAAUUCUUGUAUUGUGUUGUGCUGUUUUUAUAUAUUUGCUUAAUAGGUACACAGGGUAUGUGACAGGAACCAGAAUGUAUUAGCUAGUUGCAGAAUUUGCAUCAUGAUUUCCCUCUAUUUUUCUUAGGAAUGUAAACAAUUAAAAGAAACCAGUGAGAACACACAAUUAACACAGCGUGUGUUAAUUCCAGUUUCACCAUAAGCAGUGAAUGUUAUGGUGGGAAAACUUCACAACCCUGACUCUGCACUUUCAAUUUGCAGUUUGAAUGUCAACAUAUGACUUCACAGAGGGGAAACCCCUGUGUCAGUCAGUGGGUAUAAAAUACUCAGGGAUGUCUGAGUUCAAUCAGUUACACCAAAGAGUCUACAGUCUCAUAUUCAAGAUGGCCCUCAACAAGCACUGUGAGUAUUACACACUCUGACUGAACUCUGUUUUCUUUACCGUAAAUGUUUAAAACUAAAGUACUGUUUCUCUCCGCUCUUUUCAGACUUUUCUGCUGCCCUUAUGCUCCUGCUGCUCACCUGUCCCCUGUGGCAGCUCAGCCAGUCUGUUCCUGUGAUGAGUAAAGGACAAAUGACAGACUCCUGUGUGUCAUACGCACAGACUCUUCUACAGGAUAUCGCUACAACUCUCACACAGGUACGAAACAGACUUAAAUUCUUCCAUUUCAUCUUAAAUCUGCCUCUACUUAAAGUCUAAAAAGUUUUCUUUAUGUGUCUAGACCGAUCUGUUCAAAGGAAUCGAUUGCUCAAAGCAGAGUGUGGAGAUGAACACAAAGACAAACACUGGAUCUGUCUGCGCACCUCAGGAAUCAAAAUGCUCAGGAAAUAAUAAUCCAGAAUUUAAUGAGGUAUGUUGUGUUUUUGAAUCUGUAAAGUACGAUACCAAACAAAUGCUCUUUUAUUGUUUUAUAUUUCUUCUUAAUAAAAGUAGAAAUACAUAAAGUGAGAAUAUUUAAAUCAGGCUUUAAACAUGUACAGAUUAAACUACUAAUAAGUAAACUAUAACUUUACAGAUACAUCUUUACCAGCUUUUUUUAUUAGACAGCUAAUGCCUACAUCAAACACAACCAGUCAGCCACAAAGUUACUUAUAAUGUUCAUUUUUUGUUGUCCUUAAACCGCUAUAAUAUGAAUUGUUACCAUGCUAAGUUAUAGAACUGCAACCUCAAGAGAUGCUUCUAUAUUUUGCUAUUUCUAUAAGGCUGAAAUAUUGAAUCACAUAUCAAACUUCCAAUUUGAUUAAAAUGUUACAGGUUGUAUUAAUGUUAAGACUGACCUGUUGUAUUAGACUGCACGAGAUUUACAGGCAUGCCUUAUAAAAGAGCACUUGGUGUAGAAAGUAUGCGUUUUUUUCAAUUGUCUUUAUUUGUUUUCCAUCAAGGAGGUGUGCCUGACAAACAUCACAGCGGAUCUGCGUCAUUACUACCAAUUUCUCUCUGCUCAGCCGGAUCCUAACGGUGUACUGAGCCAGUCUGUUCUGUCCAGCCUCAGAGAGCUCAUGGAGGUAACUUAAUAUGUAAAUUGGCUGAAUCUAUGCUGUUGCUGCCAGCAGUGAUGCAUAGAUCACCAGUCGUGAGGGGAUGAACAUGGAUUUUAGGAAGAAGUAAAUAUUAAAAACAAGAAUUAAAUAUAUUUUAUUUUUUCUGCACAGAACUGCUUCACAUCACCUCUGCCGAGAGACUUGAUCUCACAGGUAAGAGAUCUCUUAAUGAAUGUCAUAUUCUAAAGGUUAAAUAAUGAAAUUUUAAAAAGCUGAUAUAUUUAACUCAAACUUGUAGAAACCUAUCUAAACCUCUAUAGAAUGUAAAUUUAAAUUAUAGAAAUAUUUUUGUGGCCAAUGAAUAGAUGAUCAAACAGAAAAGCUAAAUAUAAUAAUUAUUGGCAGAACAGUCCAAUUGGAGGAAUCAUGAUCCUUUCUUUGUGCCUUAUAGGCUCCAGACCGUCAGAGCACCUUCGAUGACAGACUAAGCCUCUGCAAGGUGUUGAAGGGUUUCCAUGUCCGCACCAUCACCAUCAACAGAGUUAUUUCGUAUAUCAACUCUAGCGAACAUGCCAAAUGAAACCCCCAGCUAAUGUAAGACAAACUACAGUAAACUGCAGUAAUUUCUCAUGUUUAUUGAGAUAAUGCAGCUGUGGCAGAGAAUACUUAUUCAACCUUUAAGGUUUGUUAUGUAGUCAUUAUAUGAGCUACUAUUUAAUAUCAAGUUGAUGUGUUGAAGUACAUUUAAAACUGAGUCUAUUCACAGACUUUUUUAUGUAUUAACUUUUUUUAUUUUGGACUAUUUAUUUUAAACUAUUUAUUAUUCACUUGUUUCAAACAAUCAUCAAAUAAAUGUUUAUCCUGCAUAAAUCCUGCUGUUUCAUCUAUUAUUUAUUUACCAUGAUGCGCUUUAAUUUCAUAUUACAUUGUAGUUGAAUUUAGUCCAAAUCUUCUUCAUUAAAUGGCAUACUCCUUGAAAAAUCAUAUCUACUUAUUGGACCUUCUGUUUUACAAGUGAGCGUUUGACAGCCACAUUGGAGUAAUCAAGAAAUGUAUGCGGU